AUGUCAAGUCCUAGGGUUUCUGCAAUUGAGCAGAACCACAUUGAAGACGGAAGUCUCCAUACGAGCUCUUCUAACUCAUUUGGAAACUUACGUUUUCGUCAUGGUUCAAGUGCCCGUUACGAUUCCGACUUCAAGGGUCAGGUAUGGGUGAAAACAUCGGGAAAAAUAUGCUCCGAGUUUGUCGAUGAGGCUCCCGAAUUAGAUGAGAUAUAUACAACAGUACUAAAACGUGAAAGCGAGCCCACAUUAGAGUCAGUUGAUCGGCGGAAGAAAACGCCUCAAUCCGUUGUGUCGACAGAGUUGGUAGAAUCAGCUCUUACCUCUCGUACCAAAGCACCUAGAGGUUCCUUCUCCAAGCAUCAGGCAAAAUCCCCGGUGAAGAGACGGAGACCAGAUGAUGGUGAUUCAACCUCUUCAAAUAAGAAUACGAACGUCAAGUCAUACCCAAGAAGGCCUGCAAAAACCAAUGAUUAUCUCACCGAAUCGAGCAUAUUUGAUGGAACUAUGCCACAGCGACCUGUAGGAUCAUACUUACCCACAUUCUUCCCUCAAGCAUUGAAUGUUGGUGUUGAAGCCGUUGAUGGGCUACAACAGUCGGAAAUACAAGAAGCCUGUCUUUUGAGAUAUUUUGCAGAUGAGUUGGCUUGCUUAUUUGACCUCUGUGAUCCUGAACGGCAUUUUGCUUUAGUAGUCCCACAGCGAGCAAAACAUUGUCCCGCACUUCUCAAUGCUAUUUAUACAGCGUCCGCGAGACAUCUUUGCCAACUUGUGCAAUACAAGAAAAAUGGCGUAGUCGAAUACCACGGAAAACAGCUGCCCAACUUGCAAAUGGAGACUGCUGUUGAAUAUCAUAGCAAAUGUAUCGAGCAUCUUGUAUCUGUGUCAGAUGAUCUCGAUGCCCUAUAUGAUGAAAAUCUGUUGGUGGCUUCUGUGAUAUUAAGGUUCUACGAGGAAAUCGAUGCUCCUUUGAGUGGUGGAGAUUGGGCGCAAAAGGGGACUCAAGUAUUUAUCACAGCUCAAGCAUCAGGAGGUCUUGAUAGCAGUCUUCGUAGAGCCGCUUUUCGGGUGGCGUAUAGGCAAGAAGUUCAUAUGGCAUUCAUCAAGCAAAGGCCUUUUCAUAUGCCUUUGCAGUGCCACGAAUAUCGGUCUUUAGAAUAUGCAGAAGAUUUCACCUGGGCUUAUCGGACAAUUGUUCAUUGUGCCGAUAUAUUGCAAUACUGCUAUGGCCACGGGAGUAAAACCAACAGUGAUUAUGAUAUGCUAGUUCAGUAUCAUGAAGGCUGGGAGAACUUGCGUCCACAAUCCUUCGACGCAUUGUACCAAAGAGGUGCCACUUGGAAUACAAAGCAGGCCUUACCAGAGAUAUGGUAUUUAUCUGAUUGUCAUGGCACAAAUAAACACGAUCGUUAA